AUGUUUCCGCCAAUCCAGGCUUCUUCUGCUGCAGCUGUGAGCAGUGCAACGCCACCAUCUUCGUCACCACCAAUUGGUAAAAUUCCACGAGGACAAGGAAUUGAAGAAUGGCAGUUGCCACCAUAUUUAAGAAGGCAGCCGAUUUCGGAAGAAGAAUGCGCGAUGAUCAAUGCGAGUUCAUUGCUUAUUGGCUGUUGUCUGUUUGUUAUCAAUGAAUACGUAUUUGCUUUUGACUGA